ACUUUCUGAACCCCAUGCUAAGAUUUAAAUAAAUUAUUUUAAAAAAUAUAUUAACUAAUAUUCUUCUACCUAAAUCAGACAUAUGAUUGUAACUGAACGUAAACAAUCUAAGAUUGUUGUGGAAGACUAGGGUUGACAUUCAGAAAUAACACCAACUGCAAUAACUAUGAGAGGCAAUCAAACAAGAACUUCAACUUUGGGGGAAACAUAUAACAUUCUUGAAAAUAUAGAGUAUCCACCAGAGAAUUCAAAUACCACCAAAUUCUCAAUAUAUGAUUUACAUUCAGUGAAGAAAGAUAUAGUAACAAUAUUUGAUGCUGCUCAACAUGGUGACUCAAAGGCAAUUAUGCGAUUCUCCAAAGUCAAACACUUUGACGUGGAUGCCAAAGAUCGAGUUGGAAGAACGGCAUUGAUUUGGGCAUGUGAUUGUGGGAAUCUACAAUGUGUUGAAACUCUCAUUCGAUUGAGUGCAAGUGUUAAUGCAAAAGAUACACACACAGGAAGAAUGGCUAUACAUUGGGCAGCACGAGCUGGGAAUUUGCCCAUUGUUAAGUUUUUGAUGCAAUAUGGAGUUGAUUUUUUAAAAGAGGACAAUUAUGGGUUGACUCCUUUGUAUUUAGCAAAAUCCAAGGGUCAUGAAGGGGAAGCCGUGUUUCGAUAUCUUCUUAGCGAAGGAGCUCCAUACAAUGAAAUAAAGACUAUUGAUCUCCGCAAAGUGGAAGAGGAGAUUGCACGUAAAAUGGCACUAUACCAAGCUCAAUAUGAUGAUGAUGAGAAUUCAUAAAUGUGUAUAUAUAUAUAUAUAUAUAUAUAUAAAUAUAUAUAAUCAAAAAUGAAUUUUGAAUAUUUGAAGGGAGAGAUUCAUGAAAGAUAACCAUUUUUCAUUUUAUUUACUUUAAUUGAGUUCCCAUUGAAUUUAUUUUAGUACAAGCGCAUUGGUGUUCAAGGUCAAACAGAGCUCUGUCAUUGCAUGAUAUCAUUGUUGUAUCAAUACUUGUUAACAAAAUGUUUUCAAAUGGCAAUUUUAUUUUUAUUUUUAUUUUUGUUGUAUCUGUGAUUUUUUGUUAACAAUUUUGAGUGGAUGAAAGACAUUUGUGUAAAAAAAAUGUAAUUAACUGGUUUUCAAAAUA